AUGAGAUGUCUCUCCAAAUCUUGGAAUGCACUAUUAUCUGAACCCUCCUCCAUAAAAUCCCACCUUCAUCGUUCAAUUCAAAACAACAAAAACGAUAGAAUUCUCUUGCACUUCUCCAAGCUAUUUUCUUUUGACUCCAAACCAUUCACAGCACGCCCCUAUCGAACUCCUCAUCUGGAACUCACUAAUUUCAUCAAGCUCCCAGUUAAACCCCAAUCUGAAAAUAGUCGUGGCAAAGUCAUUGGAUCUGUUAACGGUUUGAUAUGCUUUAAAUACGGAUCAAAUCAUAAGGCGAAACAUAAUUUGUGCCAACCAAAUCCUGAUUCUUACUUUAUAUAUGGAUCAGAUUAUGGUUCUGAAGACAUUUACAUAUGGAACCCUUCCCUCUCCGCCUUGUUAACUCUCCCACCAUAUUCUAUGCCCUCCCAUUCGAUCCAACAGUUUUUUCGAUUCGGAUUUGAUCCCAAAACUGAUGAUUACAAAGUUGUUAAGAUUACACAACGUCUUUUGAUAUCACCAAACACAGUUGUCUUUAUGGAGUGGCUUCCGGUUGAGGUUUAUAGCAUGAGAAAUGGUUCUUGGAAGUUCAUCACUCGCCUCAAGAAUAUUUCCGAUUUUGAUGAUCUCUGUGUAGAUGGCCAUAACAGCCAUCUUCAUUGGCACAGUUACUAUUAUAGAGGGUGGAAGUAUUUAGAAAUAAAUACUAUAUUGGCAUAUGAUUUGGGAGCAGAGACAUUCCGUGAGAUUCCUCUUCCGGAUUCUUUGACAGGUAGCAAUGUGAAGAAAGUCUGGAUUAAGUUAGGAGUUCUGGCUGGAAAGCUUUGUGUCAUGUCAACCGUUCCAGGUGUUGAACGUCAGUUGUGGGUGAUGGAUGAGUAUGGAGUGGCUGAGUCAUGGGUCAAACAUCAUUUCUUUCCUCCUUUUAGGGGUUAUAUAUAUCCCUACGGAUUUACCUUACAAAAUGAGUUUCUUUUUCAAGUUAGGUUUUCAGUUUUAGGAUAUGAUCAUGGUUUGUACGAUCCCGUUGCAGCCACUACUAAAGUUAUAAAGCUUGGUAAGAAUGAAAGAGGUAAAGUUAUUGAUUAUGUGGACAGUCUGGUUUGGGUAUCACCCGCCGAGCAACGAGAGAGGAACUGCUGUAGCAUCUCCCAGUUUCAAUUUUGA